AUGACUAUCUACAACAUGUGCACCCAAAAACCUCUUCAUGAUCACUCUCAGCAGUUGUAUGAAAAGUAUCACGAACCAUUCGAGGAGUAUAUUAAGUCAACUGUUAUGCAUGUGGUGAAGGAGAAGCAUGAUGAAUACAUGAUGCAGGAGCCGGCUAAAAGAUGGUCUAACCAUAAAGUUAUAGUUCGAUGGUUAUCCCGUUUCUGCUACUAUCUUGACCGUUUUAUUUCUCAAAGAUCACUUCCACUGCUUAAUGAAGUUUGCCUGACUUGCUUCCGUGACCUGGUUGAUAAAGAACAUGAGGAUUCAGGAUCUUACUACUCUCGCAAAUCAUCAAGCUGGAUCCAUGAAGAUUCUUGCCCUGAUUACAUGUUGAAGGCCCAAAGCGCAUGUAGUCAACCCGUAGUAGUGAGUCUGGUUCUUCUUCUUCCUCUUCUUCUUCGGAUCAAAAGAAAAAUCCUGAAAAAUGCGAAGCGUCUUCUGGAGAUUUGUCAAGUUUUCCGCCAACCACCCUCUCAGUCGUCUCAUAGCUUAUCGACAUCUUUAAACUACCACAUGGAUUCUCUUGAUAAUAAACUGGAUCUUCCAUGGGAGUUUUCAGAGGCUAACAAAUCCAAGGUUAAGGAGAUACUCUCUUACUAUCCAUCAAACUACAAGCAGUCUGCGGUGAUUCCUCUUCUUGAUCUUGCACAACAUCAGCAUGGAGGCUGGCUCCAUGUUUCAGCUAUGAAUGUUGUUGCAAAAGUUAUGGAAGUUGCUCAUAUCCGUGUUUACGAGAUUGCAACUUAUUACUCAAUGUUCUCCCUCUUACAGGUUGGAAAGUAUCACCUGCUCGUUUGUGGCACAACACCUUGCAUGAUCUGUGGUUCACGAGAUAUCGAAUCAGUUUUGCUAGACCAUUUGGGAGUCAAACGCGGUGAAGUCACAAAGGAUGGCUUGUUCUCUGUUAGAGAGAUGGAAUGCAUGGGAUGCUGUGUUAAUGCGCCCAUGAUCACGUUGGAAGAUUAUUCCAAUGGAUCACAAGGAUAUACAUACAACUAUUUCGUAUACGUUAGACAUGAGAAAGUUGUAGAGAUCGUUGAAAAGCUAAGAAAAGGAGAAAAGCCACCGCAUGAAACUCAAGACCCGAAGAGGAUCAAGUGCGGACCUGAAGGAGGAAACACGACACUGCUCGGCGAGCCAAAGCCACUACAGUUCCGUGAUCUGGAUGCUUGCUAA